AUGGUGUUGGAUUUAGAGUGUGAAUUAGAAGGGUUAAAGCAAGCAAAAUUAGAAAUCGACAAGAAGGCGAAGGACUUAGAGAGGAAAACUGGGGUUGUUGAGAUGAAGGAAACUGAGGAAAAGGGAUCUGUAUUGGAAGAACAGCUAAAUCUGGAGGAGGCACUGAGAGAAUCAGAGGAGAAAACAAGAAGCAUGGAAUCAAAUAUUUUGAAACUGCAGGAGACAGUUAAGGAAGCAAAAGACAUUAUCAAAUCUUUGACGGAGAAAACUAAUGAGGCAGUCAAUGAAGCUGUGAAUGGAAUGGAUAAUGAAGCAAAGGCAAAUGGGUUGAAUGGGUUGAAGCCGCAGUGGCCUGUGGUUGCAGCAUCUACUGGAGCUAUUGCUGCAGCAGCUGUUGUUAUCUUUGUCUGCUAUGGAAAGCGUAGGUGA